AUGGACCCUCAAAGCCAAACGCUGGCGCCACUCCCCGACGUCCUUCGUCGGGGCCUCACGGCCGUCUCCUUCUUCGGCUUCCUCUCUUUCGUCACGACGACGGCGCUCUUCUUCGUCCUGACGUACAGGUUGCUUUCGUGGUACUUCGCGCCGGCCCCCGGGCGGCCGCAGCGCAUGGCGGACGAGCCCAACGCCGACGCCGUUCUGGCCGAGGAGAUGGGCCUCCCGGAGACCAUGUAUUCCGCAGGCGGCAAGACGAGCAAUAGCAGGACGAAACGGGACGCCCCCAACCAGUUUCUCAUGCUCAUCUACAACCUCCUCCUGGCCGACAUCCAGCAGGCCCUCGCCUUCCUCCUCAACGCGUCAUGGCUGAGCAGAAACGCCAUUGUCGUCGAGAGCACAACUUGUUGGGCCCAGGGCUGGUUCAUCUCGACGGGCGACCUGGCGUCCAGCGCCUUCAUUACUACCAUCGCCGUGCACACGUAUCUGUCUGUCGUGCGGGACUACAAGCUACCCACGUGGGCCUUCUGGACCAUGAUCGGCUCCGUGUGGUUCUUCAUCUACGCUCUUGCGGUAGCCGGCAUCAUCAUCACCAACAACGGAGCCGCCGACGGCGGUCUGUACGUCCGCGCCGCUGCCUGGUGCUGGGUUAAUGUCCGCUACGAGGCGAUGCGUCUCUACCUUCACUACCUGUGGAUGUUCGUAUCCUUCUUCAUCACCGCCGCCCUCUACGUCCUCAUCUUCAACCACAUCCGCCGCACCAAUCCCGCGCUUCAACUCCCGUCUUCCUCCAACAACACCACCUCCUCGGCGUCCAAGAGCAACCGCGGUCGUAGACUGAGCCACGCACAUACCCUCUCGCAGUCGGGACACCAAAAGAGCUCGCAUGGAGAGGCGCCAGCGGCGAAUCCGAGCAGCGCCGGACACCACCCGGCCUUCCUCAUCUAUCCCAUAAUCUACAUUCUCUGCACGGCACCCCUGGCCCUGGGUCGUGUCAUCACGAUGGCCGGGAAGCAGGUCUCGCUCGAGUACUUCUGCCUCGCCGGCGCCAUGAUCGCAUCCAACGGCUGGCUCGACGUGCUCCUCUUCUCCACCACCCGCCACGUCAUCAUUUUCAACGCGUCGCCAGACUACGAGGAGACGGGCCUCGAGACCUUCGCCUUCAUGCGCACGCCGGCCAACCGCCGCUACGGAAACAUGGUCUGGGUCCAGGGCGCCGGGAGCGCCCCGCAGAACCUCACGGCAGACGAAGGCACCGGCGGCUGGCUCUCCAAGCUGUUUCGCGGAGGGCGCCGCCACGGGGCUGAUACGAAACGAGACCGCCACCGUAGCGGCGCCCAUCGGAGUAUCAGCCAGGAGUCUCUGCGGAGGCGCGGCGGGAACAUGGAGGGCAUCCAGAUGGAAACGGUGACCACGGUGGUUGUGGAGAUGGACGGCCAGCCUGGGGGAAAGAAAGCGGCGGGCAGGCCGCACUCUGUUGACACCAUCGAGAAAGAACGGGCGCAGAGCUUUGGAAGCAUAUGA